AUGGCGGCUACCCGGCCGAUCAUCCUCAGAUUCGAGAGCCGAAAUGGCCAGUUUCGCCUCAGCGUCAGCCCACAGGAGCUGUUUCCCACAUUAAAGCAGAAGAUCCUAGAAAACCUCCCCAAAGAUGUCGAACCAUCUUCCAUCACCUUGUCGAACAAACCCAUAGGAACCGGAGGUGAAGAACGGUCACUGGAUGGCUUGGAAGGUGUCUCGAUUGAGCAGGUCGGCCUGAAGCACGGAGAUAAGCUCUUCGUUGGCUACCAAGAAAGAAAAGGAGGAGAGACUACUCCGGCGAAAGCCCAUGCUGCAGCGGACUCCCUGCGCCGUUUAAAUGGAGCACUAGUGCCACAGACGGAGACUGUCACAUUCCGGCCGCCCACCUCGUCCUCCGCAACGGUCAAGAAUCCCUGGGAAGUCGUGCAACAGUCGCCGUUGGAUGAUAAACUGGAUAAGAAAGAUGGGAAGAUCCAGCGCCCGCGUGAUAUGAAAAUGUGCAAACACGGCCCCAAGGGCAUGUGUGACUAUUGCAUGCCCCUCGAGCCAUACGACCCCAAGUACCUCGCAGAGAAGAAGAUCAAGCACCUGUCUUUCCACUCGUAUAUGCGGAAGAUCAAUGCUGCAACCAACAAAGCGGAGCUGAAAAGCUCGUUCAUGCCGCCGCUCAGCGAGCCUUACUACCGGGUGCGGCACGACUGCCCCUCUGGUCACCCUCCGUGGCCGGAAGGCAUCUGUACCAAGUGCCAGCCGAGCGCCAUCAGUCUGCAGCCGCAGGAAUUCCGCAUGGUAGACCAUGUGGAGUUCUCCUCGCCUGAUCUGAUCAACUCACUGCUCGACUUCUGGCGGAAAUCCGGCUCCCAGCGGUUGGGCUUUUUGUACGGCACAUACGAAGAGUAUACCGAGGUGCCUCUUGGUGUUAAGGCAGUGGUACAGGCAAUCUACGAGCCGCCACAAGUGGAUGAGGUUGAUGGGGUCACACUCCAUGAAUGGCCGAACGAGAAGGAAGUGGAUGAGGUUGCGCGCUUAUGUGGUCUGGAGAAAGUCGGAGUCAUCUUCACGGAUCUGCUUGAUGCUGGGCGUGGAGACGGUUCGGUAGUAUGCAAGCGGCACAUUGAUUCAUACUAUCUUUCGUCACUAGAAAUCGCGUUCGCAUCCCGGCUGCAGGCGCAAUAUCCAAAGACGACAAAGUGGAGCCGCACCGGCCGCUUCGGGUCGAAUUUUGUGACCUGCGUACUCAGCGGAGAUGAAGAAGGUGCUAUCACCAUCAGCUCCUAUCAGGCGUCUGUAUCUGCCGUGGAGAUGGUGAGAGCUGAUAUCGUCGAACCGUCCGCUGAGCCGUCUGUCAUGCUGGUGCAGUCGGAGGAUGAUGACAGCGACAACAAAUCGCGGUACAUCCCCGAGGUGUUCUAUCGGAAGAUUAACGAGUACGGCGUGAGUGCUCAGCAGAAUGCGAAGCCCAGUUUUCCGGUCGAGUUCCUACUUGUCACCCUGACACAUGGUUUCCCGACCGAAUCGAACCCGUUAUUCACGAAGAGUACCUUUCCAAUCGAGAACCGUGAAGUGAUUGGCGAAAGCCAGGACCUUCGCAGCGUUGCCAAAAAGCUAGUUUCCCACCGUGACUCGAAUGAGGUAAUCCCAGAGGUAUCAGACUUUCACCUCCUGUGUUACCUCCACUCUCUGUCGACUUUCAGCAAGACCAACGCCAAUAGGCUGCACUCCAAGAUUACUAGAACCGUGACAACUAACCUCAUGACUCCCCAGGACGAAGAAAAAUUGCUCUGCCGCGUCGCAACGUCGCACGAUCCCACGGAGGGCUUGAAGCUCAUAAACACCCCCGGGUGGGCGACCCUGGUUACUAUUCUUCAGGAAAGUGGUGAGCGCCCCCCUAAGCGCCCCUGGCUAAACCCGGCCGAUCCUCCACGCCCUUUGUCCCAACAAGGGAAACGUCAUCUCUCCUCCAGACCUGAAUCUCCCAAGUCAGAGAGUGAACAGCUUGCUAAGAGGUUCAAGGGAGCUAGUCUAGAGUGA